AUGUCUACCUCCAACUCUACUGGCUUCCCUGUCACCACCUAUUCCGUACCCGGCGAAGCCAACAUGCUAGCCAACAACCGAGUGUCCUUCCCCCAUGGGCAACAACACAACCAAGCCAACGUCUCUGACGCCAUAGAACUAAUGUCAGCCAAAGAUGCCUACAUUUAUUUAUUCUACAAAACAGAAAAACGCUACCCCCACGCAUACCAUGCUCUUUCCUCCAUGCAUACCUUCCUUGCUGUUGACCUCCGAGCAUUCGUGGCUCAACAAUCAGGACUUGAGUAUCUGUCAGGCACUCCGGAUGGAAAAAUGAGUUUUGGAAUCUUUGGAACGACGCUUGAGGAUGAGCUCCUUGAGUGGGCAAAUGGACGCGGCAAAGGCAUAUUUGGAAUUAGGCGGGAGGACCUUGCUAACAGAAGCGCGCACACGGAUAGAGCAAGACAGUUUGCUACCCCCAAGCUCACUUACCACAUCGUCGCCCAACAACCUCCGUCCACCCUGUCAGCAGAAGAAUACAUUCCCACCGUCCCAACCAGCCCAAUCUUGCAAGGGUCGAGCCCCUCCAGUCCCCGUUCCAUUGGGUCGAACCCAAAACCACCGACAUCCCAGUCACCUCCACCUCGACCACAAGAAGUGAUACUCCAGAUCCCUGCCACAAUCAAUGUAGAUGAUGCCGAUAUGAUCAACCAGUUGUAUGCAGGAACAUACGACCUGGGAGAUGACAAUCCCCCCACUCCCCAAUCCGACACUUUGUCUAACACUAGACAAAAAUACCACCAAGAUGUUCACAAUAAUGCUCCCUACUGCCAACGCUGCGGUUGGAGCGAUCAUUGCACAUACUACUGCAAAGCCUAUUACUGCCCCAAUUGUGACCGUCAUGCACCGGGACAUAGUUUCAAUUGGUGUCCUAUUCGUAUGGAAAACAAAGAUAGGGUUCUAAUGGAGGGAUUACAUGGAGACGUCAGCUAUGACGAUAGUUACAACAUGGAUGGUGAAGGCACCAAAUUUUGGUGA